AUGUUUAGGGUUUCUGGAUUAGGGUUUCAUGUUCGGGGUUUCAGGUGUAGGGUUACGGGUUUAGGGUUUCGGGUAUCAAGUGUAUGGUUUCGGGUAUCAGGUGUAGGGUUUCAGGGUUCAGGGUUCAGGGUUCAGGGGGUUCGGGUUCAGGUGGGUUCAGGGGUUCAGGGUUCGGGGGUUCAGGGUUCAGGGUUAGGGUUCAGGGGGGGGUUCAGGGUUCAGGGUUCAGGGGGGUUCAGGGUCAGGUUUCAGGGUCAGGGUUCAGGGUUCAGGGUUCAGGGUUCAGGGGGUCAGGGUUCGGGUUCAGGGUUCAGGGUUCAGGGUUCAGGUUUCAGGGUUCGGGUUCAGGGUUCAGGGUUCAGGGGUUCAGGGUUCAGGGUUCAUCAGGGUUCAGGGGUUCAGGGGGUUAGUUCAGGGUUCAGGGUUCAGGGUUCAGGGUUCUCAGGGUUCAGGGGUUCAGGGAUUCAGGGUUCAGGGUUUCAUUCAGGGUUCACAGGGUUCAGGGUUUCAGGGGUUCAGGGCAGGGUUCAGGGGUUCAGGGUUCAGGGUGUUCAGGGUUCAGGGGGGUUUCAGGGUUCAGGUCAGGGUUCAGGUUCAGGGUUCAGG